GUUUAGUGUGAGUGUGUAUGGAUGGUUCAGCAGUGACUCUCCAGCUGCUGAGCGGAGUGGAGCGCACAGCACAGCGGACACUUCAAACUUUAAAUUCCCUCCUCUGGACUCUGUUUUCCUUUACUUUUUGACGUGAAUGAGAAUCUUCGGACAGACUCGGACUCUGAAACAUGGAGGAUCAGCGCAGCUCUUUAUCUUUACGGGGAGUUUUAUCUGUCCUUUUCUUUACUGCGCUGCUGGAGCCAGGGACCGCUGAUAGGCUCCCUUUCUACCCCUUGAAUCUGCUUUGUAAGUUCUGUGAUCUGGAGGCUUCCACAUGCAGCGGCACAGGGGCCUGCAUGUCCAACUGCAGCAUCACCUCCAUCUGUGAUAGCAACAGUGAGGUCUGUGUCGCUAUCUGGAGGAAGAAUGAGACCGGCUUCUCCAUCGAAACCCUCUGCCACGAGCCAUCCAGGCCGCUGUACGGGGUUAUGCUGGAUGACUACAAUAGCUCCACCUGUCAGAUGAAAGAGAAGAACACGACAAAUGGAUCGGCUUACUUUUGCUCUUGUACUGAAGAUGAGUGUAACGAUCAACUGAUAUUCUCCCCCAUUAUGGAUCCAUCUCAGGAUGAUCCUUUGAUACCUGUAAUUCUGGUGAGCCUGCUUCCCCUGCUGGUGAUGGGGAUCGUGGUUGUAGGAAUGUUCUACUGGUACCGAGCCUAUCGACAACGCCAGCUCAACCAAGAGUGGGAGGGUAGCAUUAAGAAGCGCAAGCCAAUAGCUGGUGGGCUGGACUGCAGCGACGCCUGUGCCAUUAUGAUGGAUGAUGAUAGGUCAGACAGCAGCUCGACUGUUGCCAACAACCUAAACCACAACACUGAGCCGCUGCCUAUAGAGCUGGAUCUGCUGGUGGGAAAGGGUCGCUUUGCUCAGGUAUACAAGGCUAAACUGAAGCAGACCACUUCAGAUCAGUUUGAAACAGUGGCGGUGAAGAUCUUUCCCUAUGAGGAAUACGCUUCCUGGAAGAACGAGAAAGACAUCUUCUCCAAUACGGACCUCCGUCAUGAGAACAUUCUCCAAUUCCUGACAGCUGAGGAAAGGAAGGUGGAGAAACAGUACUGGCUCAUCACUGCUUUCCACCCCAGAGGAAACCUACAGGAGUAUCUGACAUGUCAUGUGAUCAGCUGGGAGGAGCUUCACGUGUUGAGCAGCUCUCUGGCCCGAGGUGUCGCCCACCUCCACAGUGACCGCCUCCCCUGUGGACGCCCUAAGGUGCCCAUAGUCCACCGCGACCUGAAGAGCUCCAACAUUCUGGUGAAGAACGACCUGACCUGCUGCGUGUGUGACUUCGGCCUCGGACUGUGUCUGGACAGCAGCCUGUCAGUGGACGAUCUGGCCAACAGUGGACAGGUGGGUACUGCACGUUACAUGGCCCCAGAGGUGCUGGAGGCCCGACUGAAUCUGGAGAACAUCGAGUCCUUUAAACAGACUGACAUUUACUCCAUGGCCCUGGUGCUGUGGGAGAUGACGUCGAGAUGUGAAGCCAUUGGAGAGGUGAAGGACUAUGAACCAGCAUAUGGCUCUAAAGUGCGAGAGCACCCCUGUGUGGAGAGCAUGAAGGACAACGUGCUGAGAGACCGAGGGAGACCUGAGAUCCCUGACAGCUGGCUCCAGCAUCAGGGCGUGGCGAUGAUCUGCGCCACCAUCAAGGAAUGCUGGGACCACGACCCCGAGGCCCGUCUCACCGCCCACUGCGUCGCAGAACGCAUCUCCGAGAUGGAAGACGAGAUGGACAAACUGUCCAGCCGCAGCUCCUCAGCAGAGAAGAUCCCAGAGGAGCUGAAGAUCCCCAUAGAGGUGGAGAUCCCAGAGGAGGAGGUCAAAAUCACCAAAAUACAGAACAUCAUAUCUGUGGACUGCUCCGUGAGUGACGAGAAGUGAGAGAAAGCCUCACGGACUCUCAGUGGAGGUCUUUCAACAACAGCACUUCUUCUGCUUUGAUGGGAUCUGAGGACAGAGUCGACGGUGAUGUUCAGGAGCUGAGCUCUUGCAGGACUUUGAGCCAGAUGGAGUGUGAGCCACAGUGUCAUUUCUAAUUGUAGCCCAGCAAAGCUAAACUCUGGGUGAUGCUUUUGGUCUUCGCCGCUUCUUAAAUGUAACAACUUGACAUAAUCAGCUGAAAAGCUACAGAGCCAAAAGCCAAAGUUAACUGGAAGCUUCUAAAGAUGUGUAGAGCAUGGAGAGUCAGCCAGGCUUCUCUCUGAGCACACACGUCUCAUUACGAGAAAUUAACAGGGCAAUAGCGACAAAGCCAAAGAUAUUUGAUGUGCACUUUACCUUGUGAUACUUAUGCAGUACAGACGUUUAUCUUUUCCUUGUGUUCUUAUAUUCUAACAUGCUUUUGCCUGAAAGUGCCUUUUUGCGUUUGACUUUGAGCCAAAACGCCAGCAGAAAUGUCACCUUAACACUAAUGAUGCUGUGGACUCCAUCCUCACCAGCAGGAAAUUAAAGGAAUAUAUGUCUGUGUGUGUUUCUGUGUGUGUGUGUGUGUGUGUGUGUGUGUGUGUGCGUGUGCGUGCGUGCGUGCGUGCGUGCGUGCGUGCGUGUGUGUGAAUGAGAGUGUGUGUGUUGUUUGUACUCGGCUACACUCACUUUGACCUUGUUUGCCAAAUAAACAAGCACAAUGUGCAUAGAGACAAGAAGUGUACAUAGGAGAGAAACCAGCAAAAAUAAAGGGAAAGCAAUCUUACUACAGAGCUUAUCGUUGAAUGCAAAGAAUAAAAGACUUCAUAAAGGUGUAUUUUUUAAAACAGUGUAUGUUUUGUGUCUAUACCAAUGGGAAAUGCCAAAGAUCUUUUACCCUGCCUUACAAUACAGUAUGUGUCAUAUGUAAAAUAUUGUAAAUCUUUUAUGGAUUAAAGAUAUUUCUGUAUACUGA